CCCCCUUCCCCCUCCCCUCAGCGCCGCUCUGCUGGACGUCAUGAGCAUAGUAAUCGCGCUGGGAGUCACCACACCAGAAACGUCCUACUCCGACAUGGCUGCCGGAUCAGACCCUGAGUCAGUGGAAGCAAGCCCCGCCGUGAACGAGAAAAACUACUCCAACCACAGCUGUGGGAGCGCACAGAAUCACGGCUACCGGGGAUUACCCUACGCUGAUCACAACUAUGGUGCGCCCCCUCCUCCGACCCCGCCCGCCUCCCCCCUCUCCCAGACCAUCAUCCCCCGCGUGGAGCUCAACGGCAUCAUGCCCUCCCCCUACGACGACGACAACUCCGCCGACAGCGACAGCUCCUCGGACGAAGAGGGGGGCGUGGCCAGCUGGUGCCACUGCAGCCUGAGGCAGGAUGGCUUUCUCAUCAAGUGUGAGAACUGCAGGGGCUUGGACCGAAGGAAAGGGGUGGAUGCCCAGCGCAGAAAACCCGAGAACGUGUCUGUGGGAGAGAGCAGCGCCACGGAGAGCGGGGACGAGGAGGUGUCGCCGUCCACGGUGUCCUACACCGCCACGCAGCACACGCCCACCAGCAUCACCCUCACCGUCAACCGCAUCAAGCGGAACAAGCCCAAGAAGAGGAAGAAGAGCACCGAGAAGGCCCGCGGCGCCCCCAAGGGCAAGAAGAUCAAGGCUUUCAGAGAGGGUUCCAGGAAGUCCAUGAGGAUGAAGAACUCGACCACGGAGGCCAGCACCCUGGACGAGAACACGGCCGAGGGCUGGGAGACGCGCAUCCGGCAGUGGACGGACCAGUACGAGGAGGCCUUCGCCAACCAGUACAGCGCCGACGUGCAGACCCUGCUGCAGCUCCACCGCGCCGCCAGCAAGGCCGCCGAGGGCAAGGCGCCCACCGUCGCCGCCAUGGACACCAUCAACCGCACCGAGCUGGCCUGCAACAACACCGUCAUCGGCUCGCAGAUGCAGCUGCAGUUGGGACGGGUCACUCGGGUGCAGAAGCACAGGAAGAUCCUCCGUGCCGCCCGGGACCUGGAUCCAGACACUCUGAUCAUAGAGUACCGGGGAAAGGUCAUGCUCAAGCAGCAGUUCGAGGUCAACGGGCACUUCUUCAAAAAGCCCUACCCUUUCGUACUGUUCUACUCCAAGUUCGACGAGGUGGAGAUGUGUGUGGACGCGCGCACGUUCGGGAACGACGCCCGCUUCAUCCGGAGGUCCUGCACGCCCAACGCCGAGGUGCGUCACAUGAUCGCUGAGGGAAUGAUCCACCUGUGCAUCUAUGCCGUGACCCACAUCACCAAGGACUGCGAGGUCACCAUCGGGUUCGACUACGAGUUCAGCAGCUGCAAUUACAAAGUGGACUGCGCGUGUCACAAGAGCAACCAGAACUGCCCGGUGCAGAAGCACAACCUGAGCCCCCCGGAGCAGUUGCUCCGCCCCCCCACGCUGCCCGCCCAGACGGGGGCGGAGACGCGCCGCAGGAAGGCCCGGCGGAAAGAGCUGGAGGGGGGCGUGUCCGACGACAGCAACCAGCCGCCCGAGGACCCCGCCGACGCCAAGGAGCCGAGGGGCGGCGCCGCGGCGGGCAGCGACACGGAGGAGAGAGACUGUGACGGACUGAAGCUGGAAGACGGGGAAGAGGCGGAGCUGGAAGAGGGCGGAGCUCUACUGCAGAGUAGGCGGACUCGCGAGGACCAGAAGGCGGAGGCCAUCAUGCACGUGUUUGAGAACCUGGAGAAGAGGAGGAAGCGCUCCUCUCAGAGCCAGGGCCUGGGGCCCGAGGAGCCCAAACAGGAGGGCCCCGAGCUGGAGGAGGACAGGGCCUCGCCCACCGGGCCCCACGCCGCGCAGAGCGGGGGGGUGGGGGUCAGCACGCGCCGGGCCUCCUACGUCACCGAGGCCCCGCCCACAGAGCUGGAGAAGGCCCCGGCCACGCCCGCCGCCACCAAGCCCGCCCCCACCCGGUCCUCCAAGCCCCGCCCCAAGAGCCGCAUGUCCCGCUACCGGUCCAGCUCGUCGCAGCGCGCCCGGCGCCAGCGGCAGGCCCUGGCGCUGCAGGCGGCCGAGCAGGGCCAGGGCGUGGCCGAGGAGGGCACCGCGGGCGCCGCGGCAACCGAGCCGGGGGUGGGCGAGGGGGCACUCGGCGGGGGGCAGCCCCUCGACACGGACGGACUGGGAGGCGUGGCCUCGGGGGCCCUGGGUAACAAAGCCCAGCUUCGGUACCCCAAAACCAAGAAGUACCUGGUGACGGAGUGGCUGAACGACAAGGUGCUGGAGAAGCCGGAGUGCCCGGUGGACCGGCCGCUGCGCAUCACCACCGACCCCACGGUGCUGGCCACCACCCUCAACAUGCUGCCGGGCCUGUCCCACUCGCCGCUCAUCUGCACCGCCCCCAAACACUACGUCCGCUUCGGCUCGCCCUUCACCCCCGAGCGCCGCCGCCGCCCCGUCAGCGUGGACGGCUCCUACGGCUCCUUCAAGAAGCGGUGGAUCAAGCAAGCGCAGGACGAGAGCACGUCUUCAGCCAACACCGAGGACGGGACGGAAUCCAACUCUUCCCACCAGAGCAACAGCAGCAGCCACAGCGUCUCGAACCCCUUCAAAACGGAACUGACAGCGCCUUUCAAGAAGCGGAAAUCAAAGUACGCCUCGGAGCCACCCCCACUGCCCUCGGCUGAGCUGCUGAGGCCGCUGUCCCCCAUCACGCCCCCCCUGACCUCCGACCCCACGCACCCCCUCCUGGCCUCCUCCUGCGCCCUGCUCCUGGGCACCGAGGACGAGAGGCACAACGGCUACGUCCUUCCCUACUCCCCCCUGCGCUCGCUGUCCACCAGCCGCUGCAACACCCCGCUGCAGUUUGAGAACAUAUCCUCUCCUGAGUGCUCACCUGUGCACAGGCCUGAGUCUCCCUCACCUGAGCCCUGCUUGUGUCCAGACUACGACGGGCAGCGCCCAGCGUACCCGGACCUCCCGCUGCCCUCGGGCCUGGAGAGCCCCGCCCUGCCGGCCUCCGCGGCGCCCGAGGAGUUCACCGCGGUGACGCCGGAGCCCCCCGGGGUCGCCCCGCUCCCGCCGGCGGCCGUCACGGCGCCCCCCGAGGGCCAGGCCAGGGAGCAGGCCUUCCGCACCGAGUUCAACCUCAUCUACACCUGCUCGCCGCUCAACGCCAACCUGGGGGAGGGGCUGGCCGCCCGCGGCCCGACGGCCGACCGCCGCCUCUCCCAGUCGGAGGCCGGCGGCUUCUCCCCCGCCGAGGCCUUCUUCGGCGGCGUGGGCGGGCAGGGCCUCCUCUCGGACGCCGCGGCCGGCUCCCUGUCGCCGUACGCCGAGCCGCACUACAGCGGCGGCUACCCGGACCACGGCACGCCGCCGCACCCCAGCAACCCGCCGCAGAAAAAGAAGAGGGCCAACCUGCAUACCAUUAGUCUGCUGACAGGAAAGCCCGAUUACCAGGCUUUAUCUGUAAGAAGUGAAUACAAGCCAGUCCAAAAUAUGGUGUCCCUGCUGGAGUACCGCAAGCGGAAGCAGGGGGCGAAGGAGCCGGAGGCGGGGGGCUCCCUGGGCACCCCCACCCGGCCCAGCGUGUUCGGCGGCAGCGCGGACUCCCCCGGCGGGCCCCGCGCCCUCCUGCAGCCCCCCGCCUCCCCGCAGAGCUGCUUCUCCUCCCCGGCGCACCCCUCGGCGCCCCAGAUCGAGGAGGUCAGCCCGCCCGACCACACCCUGGCCUCCCAGAGCGGGGGACAGCCGGCCCGGGGGCAGGACAGCACCAGCACCAGCCACUGGAUGGUGCCCACGUCGGUGGAGAGGCUGAGGGAGAACCAGGGCGUGCUGGAGCGGGUGCUGAGGGGCAGCCUGAAGAUGGACCGCAUGCUGAAGCGGGAGGGCGGGGCCAGCGACGGCAGCAGGGACAAGGACUCCGCAGACUCUGCCGAUGGGGACGUGUGUGACGCACAGCCAGCAGCCCGCUCCAGGACCUCCCCAGUGAAGAGCCCCCAAAGAUACAGGCACAGCCCCUCUGUGUACCAGCACCAGUCGAUGCUGUUGGAGAGCCACCAGCAGGGGGAGCCACCCACGUUCCUCCAGCACAGCGCCUCGUCGCCCUUCCGCGGUUCCUACAGCCCCUCCGCCCCCUCCCCCGGCCAGGGCUUCUAUCCUCGUCUCUCAACGCUCCCCUCAAUCUCCCAGGAUCCCUUGCAGCAGCAGUCACCAAGCCCCGCCUCCUCCUACCCCAGCCACACCCCCACCGCCACGGUCACCGCCUCCUCGGCGGACUCGGGCCUGUGCGGAGCCUCCAGGCAGGUAGGGGGCGCUCAGCCGCAGCACCACCACCAGUCCGGGAGCAGCGGCAGCCUGGGUGCGGACGGGUCACACGUGUACGGCGGGAGCCACCUGAAGGCCAGCCUGCUGAACAGCGGCACGCCCGUUUCGACCGGCUCGCUCGCCCGCUCCCCCCUGCUGACGCAGAGCAACCCCAAAACGGACCCCAGCGCCGCCACGGGGGGCAACCCCGUUCCCCACGCCUCCCGGGUGUCCCAGCAGCAGCCCGGGGUUCGAACCUUAAGCCCCAGCAGCCCCGGGACCCGAAUGCUCCCCGCCCCCAGCGCCCAGCCCUACCCGCAACGAGGGGCCCCCAUCAGUCAGUUUCAGCACAGCCAGAUCCAGGGCUCGGGGGUACGGACACAGUCGGGAAGCUAUUAGGACCUCCGUUCCCUCACCGAACCCAGCGGAGCUCUUUCUGGGCUAAUGUACAGACUUAAGGAACAAGGACUUGGCUUUAAAACCAGGACCCUUUAUUAUUCUCUUUCUACUUUCUUUCUUGUACCGAAACAAAAAACAUAAUAAUAAUAAUUCAACUACAUUCUACGUGCGGCCCCAACUUCGGCCUUGACAUCAUCGAAGAAUUCUAAGAGAAAACAAAUAGACAAAUAAAUAAGAAGAGAAAAAAAAUCAUGUAGAGUUUUUAAAUUACCCUUCAGUUCUCAUAAGUGUGUACAGAACCAUGUUCAUGCAGGAGUCAUAAAUGAUAAACUUGCGUACCUGUACAAGUAUCAGUACCUGUUGUUUUGGUACUUAGUGAUUAUGAUUAAAAAAAACAAAAUGUAUAAAUGUAUGAUUUAUUAGGUUAUUGUAUGAUUUGGUUUUCAGCCAAGUCAGUCCCACAGUAACAGCCAACAUUUUAUUUGUAAAUUUGAAACGGUAAAGGAAAUAGCAUAUAUUUGUAUCAUCCCUUAAGAAGAUACGGGCAGAACAGGGCAAAGGAUGUCGAAGAUUGGCUUUCUGAGAAGAUCAUUCCAGGAGAUUUCCACUUUAAUUUCCUUUUUCUCACGUGUAUAUCAUAAGAAUCUGGAGUCAGGAUCUGUUUUUUUAAUUGAUCUUUUAUUUCACUUAUAAUUAUCCUAGGCUUGUUAUGUUGUACUUGACUCAUACGGAUCUUAUAAUCCAUGGUGCUGCAGUCUUUUUUUUAUUUAUUUUUAAAAAAAAUCCAUUUUCCCCACACAUAGUAAGUAAGAAAUCCUUCGUUCUCUGUAUUUGGAAAUGAGACUCAUUGGAAAUGGAUUCGGUGACUGUUGCAAACCUUCAGUGUGCUGGAAUGCAGGGAGAAGGAGCGAGGUCAAAAAUGAGCAAAAUAUAUAUAUAUUGCUCCGGAGUUUUAUUAUUGUUUGUUUGUUAUAUUGUUUUUUUAUUAUAAUUAUUAUUAUUAUUAUUGAAUCCUGUAGGAUUUUUUUGCUGAAAUUUUGGAGAAUUAUCGAGAAUUUCUCUUUCUCCCCUCAGACCAACCCUUGCAUUCCGCACACCGCCCACUCAACAGAGAGGAAAGGCGUGGGGGGAUGUUUGUUUUUUUUGUUUGUUUUUUUUUUUUUUUUGGUGGAAAAGCUGCUGUGUUUUUCUCAUAUUUGUGUUUUACACAAGUGCUGCUUCAAAAAAAAAAAAAAAAGUUUUUCAGUUUCCACAUAAUGCUGUAUCUCUGUUAGGUUUCUCACCAAUCGGGUAAAAAACACAGCGAAGUCACCCAAGUUGCGUGCCAUGACCGUUGCCGAGAGACAAAAAAAAAAAAAUUUUAAACUGUAAAGCGAAAUGGUCAACGGCAGAUGCUGAAAUGAUCGACCGUUAGGAGUCAACGGCAAAUGCUGAAAUGAUCGACCGUUAGGAGUCAACGGCAAAUGCUGAAAUGAUCGACCGUUAGGAGUCGGGCAGUCGAUUGACUCGUCUCCCACCCCGCCCCCCGCCCCCACCCCCCAAAGAAGCCACCCUGGACAGACAAAGGCCUUUUUCUAACUUGUUUGGAAUGGGAACAACUUGAGUACAGUAUCUGCCAGAGGAAUACAGUUGGUCUCGCCCACCAAUCAUGUGGGUUCUUGGAAGGCCAGGAAAUGGACAGAUGGUCAGCUGACUUAUCACAUGACCUCUCCCUCUGCCUCACAUAACAGAUGUAAGGGUACUCACUGGUUACAUGAAUGUUUCUCCAAAUGGGAGACAUCAAGAAAACUUGUGACCCAAAAUACCAGCACCUUAAUUAAAAAGCAAACAUUAUGUAUGAUCAUGUGUACUUGUAUAAAAUGUGUUAUAUACUGUACCAAGAAAAUAUAGUACACUAAAUUUGCAGCAUGAUUUUCUUUUCAGUCUGACUGUUGGUGGAGAGCUGAGGUUUGGAUCUGUGCAAAGUGAUCGCAAUUAUUUCCGUUGAUCGUUUGAUCUGUUUUAGGUGUACUGACAGUUUCAACUGGAUAACUGCAUUUUAAAUUUCAAAUGAGGUUAAUUCUUUUUACACCAUGGGCAUAGUUAUAACCAGCUAUUUGGACCUUCUGAACAAGAAAAAUCCAGAGAAAAGAUGUUAUACGUUUUGAUAAUAAAAUACUCAUGAUAAUGACAUGUU